AUGUAAAUUAAUUGCAUAUAAAAAGAUUAAUAAAUUCUUCUCUUUUCUGUUUUUAGAAAACACUUUUUUCGUGAUUAAACCUAUUAUUUAAAAUUAACAAAGAAAUAAAUAUUGAUGAGUCAUGUAAAUUAUAAUUUUAUUUUAUAAAUAGGAAAGACAAUUUGUGAAAACAAAAUAUAUUUUAGAUUUGAAUCCCAAAAUCGAAUUUGAAUGGAUUAUUAAAAACCAACAAUUAGUUGGAUUCUUAUUCCCUUAUUAGAAUAAAAUGAAAGAGUUUUAUGGCGAUUCAUAAAAUCUUAAUGAGUUAAAAUAAAUACUUGGUAAAUUAAUUCUUUUUAAAUCUCUUACAGUACACUAUAAAUUGAUUAGAAAUUUAGAUUCAGGGACUUUCGGUUAAGUAUUUUAUUGUUCUAAAGAUAGAUUUCAUUAUAAUAAAAUUACAUAACUGGAAACAUGUUUGCUAUUAAAACAUUAAUUAACACUAAUAAGUCUGUUUUAUAUUAAAUCGAAAAUGAAAUAAAGAUCCUAAGGACACUGAACCACCCUAAUAUUUUAUCAAUUUAGGAAGUUUUCCUUACAAAUCUUACAUACUCCAUUAUUACUGAAUUUGUUGAAGGAAGGAAUCUUAAGAAAUAUAUCACAGAAACAUAAGAAUUCUAGGAAUUAACUAUUCUAUAAUUGUUAAAAGUAAUAUAUUUUAUUAUUUAAUUAGUAAUUAUUUGAAGGACUUGUAUAUAUUCAUAAUAUGGGUAUUAUUCAUAGAGACAUCAAACCUGCUAAUAUAAUGAUUAAUAACAAUGGUAUAUUAAAAAUAAUUGACUUUGGAUUAUCAUGCUUUAUUGGUAAUUAACUUUAAGAAAAUCCUAAAUGUGGUACUUCAGGUUUCUGUGCUCCUGAAAUUUUACAACAUAUUGAUAAUAAUAUUUCUUAUGAUUACAAAGUUGAUGUUUUUAGUGCUGGAUGUGUUCUAUACAAAAUUUUAACAUCUAAAGGUUUGUUUGAUGCUGAUACAUCUGCUGAAGUAUUAAAAAAAAAUAGAAACUGUUUAUUUAUCAUAAAAGAAUAAGGAAGACUAUUUGAUUUAGUCAGAACUUUACUUCAAUAAAAUCCUCUCGAAAGAUUAAGCAGUGAUUAAGCUUUAUAUUUAAUUAAAUCCAUGAUUUAAGAUGAUACAUUUGAUGUGAAUGCUUGGUAUCGAUAAUAAUUUAAUUCCAAUCAAUCAACAACUAUAUCUAACUUAAGUCUAACACCAAAAUAAAGUGCACAUAUUAAAUCUCACUAGAAAACCUAUUCAAGCCCUAAUUAUUCAAGAAACUUUUUCCCCUCUAGUUUAAAAUCUUAUAGAUGA